UCUGCCGAGUGCAGUGUGAGCAUGUGGUGUUGGCCAUGGAGCGCAAGGGUGGCUGGGACACGCUGCUCUAUGCUGGCACCCACCACUAUGCAGUGGGUCUGCUGGCCAGGGAGAUGCACGGUGUCUCUGUGUAUUGGCAUCACUACAUCAUGUCCUACCUCUUGGAGCUCCUCAGCCAAGGCAUUUCAGACUGGGAACUGCCUGCCAUGGCGUUCCUUGUGGAGCUCCUGGAGUUCGUGGACUUCAGUAAAUGGGCUGACGGCAUCCUGGAGAUCAUGCCAAGGCACCUGCAGAGCGAGUCCAAGGAGAUGCAGCGCCUGGCUCUCAGAGGCCUCGUGGUGCUCAGCAGGGACCCCUCGAUGAACAAAAGAAUGCACACCCUGACUGAACGCCUUGUGGACCUGCUGCGGGAUGCAGAUGAAGAAAUUGUUGAGACGAGCGCCGUCGUGCUCAGCGCUCUGCUGCUGCACAGAGACCUCGCCAUACCCAGCCCCAUCGCCCUGCGGCUGGCUGCAGCGCUCUGGCCACUCCUGGACAAUGACAAACGCCAAGUGCAGCUGCUCUCCAUUCGCCUCUUCCAAGAUGUGAUGAGGUUGGUAGAGGCAAAGGGGAAAAAGGCCCUGAAGAUGCUUGUGAGCAAGAGCCUGCUCCCGCUCUUCUUCAACUGCCACAAUGAGAACGUGCGCGUGGCAGAGGCCUCUCGGGAAACGCUGCUUGCUGCAGUGAGCUUCCUCAAGAGGAGGGAUCUGGAGCAUCUGGUGCUGACGGAUCAGAUGUGGAGGUUUGGGGAGUGCUUGCUGGCACAGGACAGGGACCGAGCGGCCGAGCACCUGCGGCAGGCCCUGCCGUACCUGCGGAGCCCACAGGAGCCCCUGCGAGAGGCGGCCGUCCGCUUCAUGGGGCUGGCCGGGCGGUUCCUGAGAGAGCAGCAGCGAGAGUUGCAGCUCAUGAGCAGGGCCCUUCAGGACAUGGCAGAUGACAUCAGCCCUGCCAUCUCAUGCCUGGCACUUCAAACUCUGUACAUAAACAUGGCUGUACAGAGCAUUCCCUCCUCCCGGCUCGGCAGGAUGAGAGAUGGAUUCCGCAGGCUCUGGAAGUCACGGCCUUCCCUGGGUGGCCGUGGCCGGUUCUCCUGCUGGAAUGCUGUGGAGAACUGAUGUGGGAGUGUGCCUCUGCUGGGGUCACCUGAGCCUGCAGGGAAAACCUCUCCUCUUCAUGUAGUUUUUUUGGGUUUUUUUUUUUUCCUAGUGUAAUAGUUUAGCAAAUUAGUAAAAUACUAGAUUAGUUAAUUAGGAAUUAGUAGGAUUAAUAAACUGCUGCUGUUAU